AUGUCAAACUUGGGGUUACAAGUGCGUCAGGCUGCACCCGCAAUCGAUCCGGUGGUGGCGGAUUAUGCUGUUGGCUACAUUCAGCACAUCACCGAGUCUACUGAAAACUCAGUCUCUGCGCAGCAACUUGAUAUUUCAAGAGAGGUUAGCUUUUUAAGCGAACUGCUGAGAAGUGCCGGUGGUGAAACCGGUAAGGUGACCAGUUUCACCCAGAAACUUCAAGACUCUUUGACCAAAAAACUUGCAGAGAACCAGUCGAAGAACUCUGUCACAGGUGACACCUCCAAGAGGCUACUGGAUAUUGAUCUUAUUCACAACCAGCAGAGAGAUCUAGACAGUUCGAUGGCAUUGCUUCAAUCCACUAAGGAUAUCGGCCAUACUGGAAGAAAGAUGGAGACCCGUGUGGAUCUAAAGAAGCUGCAAAAGGCCGAGGCUAAGAUUGCCAAAAAGAUAGCCAAGAAACAGAACAGAUACGUUGAAUACGAGGCCUCAAAGCUCUUGAACCAGACCCAGGAUGAUUACGAGUCCUUCUUCUUGAAGGUUAACCCUAUCGAAUUCGGCUCAGCCGCUGGUAAGUCCAAGGAUAUCAAGGUGGAAAACUUCGAUCUUUACGUUGGUGAAGGCCAGAGAAUUUUGUCCGAUUCCACCCUUACUUUGGCUUAUGGAAGAAGAUACGGUUUGGUUGGUCAGAAUGGUAUUGGUAAAUCCACUUUGCUGAGAGCUCUAUCCAAGAGAGAGCUGAAUGUCCCCAAACAUAUCACGGUUCUCCAUGUUGAGCAGGAGAUCGUUGGUGACGAUACCCCAGCUCUGCAGUCAGUUUUGGACGCUGAUGUGUGGCGUAAGCAGUUGCUGAGCGAGGAAGGAAAAAUCUCCGAGCGUCUUGACGAAAUUGAGAACCUGAAGAAGGAGUUCGAUGAGGAAUCGAUAGAGGUCAAGAAGCUGGAGAAUGAGUAUCUUGACUUGGAGUCGCAUCUGGAGGAAGUCCACAAUAAGCUUUCUGAGAUGGAGAGUGACAAGGCCGAGGGAAGAGCUGCGUCGAUUUUAUCAGGUUUGGGUUUCUCCCAGGAGUCCCAGCAUCAGGCCACUAAGGACUUCUCCGGUGGUUGGAGAAUGAGACUUUCUCUUGCCAGAGCGUUGUUCUGUAAGCCAGACCUGCUGCUGCUCGAUGAGCCUUCCAAUAUGUUGGAUGUUCCAUCUAUCACCUACCUUGCAAAUUACCUACAGACUUACCCUGCAACUGUCCUGGUGGUGUCGCAUGACCGUGCGUUCUUGAACGAAGUUGCUACUGACAUUAUCCACCAGCAUUCCGAGAGACUAGACUACUACAGAGGAUCGAACUUUGACUCGUUCUACAAUACCAGAGAAGAGAGACUCAAGAACCAAAAGAGAGAGUAUGACAACCAGAUGGCUUACAGAAAGCACUUACAAGUCUUCAUUGACAAGUUCAGAUACAACGCUGCCAAGUCCUCCGAGGCGCAGUCCAGAAUAAAGAAGUUAGAGAAACUGCCGAUACUGGAGGCACCUGAAGAGGAAAAGGUGAUAACUUUCAGAUUCCCUGAACCUGAAAAACUGUCUCCUCCGAUCUUGCAGUUACAAGGAGUCACGUUCGGCUACUCUCCUGAGAAACUUCUUUUGAAGGAUGUGGACAUGGACGUCCAGAUGAACUCUCGUAUAGCCCUGGUUGGUGGUAACGGUUGUGGUAAGACCACGCUUCUGAAAGUUCUAAUGCAAAGCGUUACUCCGCUGGAUGGCUCUGUCUCGCGAAACCCUAGACUGCGUAUUGGUUACUUCGCACAGCACCACGUGGAUGCAAUGGACUUGAACCUCAACGCCGUGACAUGGAUGUCUCAGACGUAUCCUGGCAAGACUGACGAAGAAUACAGAAAACACCUGGGUUCCUUCGGUAUCACCGGUUCGCUUGGUUUACAGAAAAUGCAGCUUCUUUCCGGUGGUCAAAAGUCGCGUGUUGCCUUUGCCUCGCUAUGCCUCAACGAACCACACAUCUUGAUUCUUGACGAGCCUUCCAACCACUUGGAUACGUCCGGUCUGGAUGCUUUGACGGAAGCUCUCAAGAAUUUCAAGGGUGGUAUUCUGAUGGUGUCGCACGAUGUUUCUAUCAUUGAUAGAGUAUGCCAGGAGAUCUGGGUUAGCGAGAACGGAACCGUUAGGAGGUUUCCAGGUUCUAUUUGGGACUACAAGAAGUACAUUCUUGAAAGUGCCGAUGCAGCUGGUGUCGUUUCCAAGCAUUGA